CCACACAACUUUCUUCAGAGACCUAGUCACACAACUUCUGUUGAACACUUCUGAACAUACUAAACUUGUUAGAUAUGUCAAGAGACUACUAUUCAUCUUCUCAAUCUCAGCCUCCUUUGCCUCUGCACUUGUGCUUCUUUCUUCUUAUAUUGUUCAUGUUUGUUAGCCUAAAUUGGUACAUGAGCUAUGAGUCCAUGUUUGAGGACUUCUUUGAUCAAGUCAAGCUGGUUCUCAUAGUGUCACCAUUGUUUCUUCUGCUAGUUGUGCACUUCCUCUCCAACUUCGAUCGCCGGAGGACUUCAUUUUUCAUUCCACUGCCGGAGAGAGACUCGCUCCACAGGGCCGGCGGAACUCCUUGGGGUGUUGGAUUGCUUCUUGUGCUUCUCCUUUUUAUGGUGUCUUACCAAUCUUCUUUUCAAGAACGUUGGUUUCCCCUUCUCAGCAGAUGACAACUAUAAGCACAGUGCACGAAGCCCUCGUCAAUGACAGUGAUUGUAUAUGGCUAUGUAUGAUGAAAUGCAUAUUAUGUAAUUAAUUGAUGUAUUUGAAAGGGUGAGAUAUAUACCCUUGUGUUUGAUUUUAAAUUUGUGUAUUAAGUUUUACUUAAUUCUGUUCAUUGCAGCUAGCUGCCAAGGAAGCUUCAUAUAUGUUUUAAGUUUCCAGAUUUUGGAUUAUUGUUAUGAUCGAGUAGUUCCCAACUUACUUGUAAUUUCAAGCUACUGUAUGUAAUCGGUCUAAUUAUCAUGUACCUAAUUUCUGGUCAAGAUUAAUUGUGAUGUAUAAUUUGUGCUUA